CUCGGAAUAUCCCUCCGCCAGCUAAUCGAGGACCUGGUGGAAGCCUUCGGCGACGGGGUUUCCUUCAGGCGGCGCCGUCGGCACCAAAACAGUUGAAUCGCAGCCGUCAAGCUUUACAGUCAUAGUGAACAGCAGAACGCUCGUCCAAAUCAUGAGGGAAAUAGUACAUUUGCAAGCUGGCCAGUGCGGAAAUCAAGUAGGCGCUAAGUUUUGGGCAGUGAUUUCCGAAGAGCAUGGCAUUGACCCCAGCGGCAUUUAUACGGGGGACAGCGAUUUGCAAUUAGAACGGAUCAAUGUUUACUACAACGAAGCUACCGUUGCCUCCAGCACCAACGGAGGCAAAUACGUGCCAAGGGCGAUCCUCCUCGACUUGGAACCUGGAACCAUGGACGCCGUACGUUCCGGGGUGUACGGCAAGCUCUUCCGGCCGGAUAACUUCGUGUUCGGCCAGUCGGGUGCCGGAAACAAUUGGGCCAAAGGCCAUUACACUGAAGGUGCCGAAUUGGUGGACGCCGUCCUGGACGUGGUUCGCAAAGAAGCGGAAAACUGCGACUGUCUGCAGGGGUUCCAGUUGACACACUCGCUCGGCGGCGGUACCGGAUCCGGAAUGGGUACCCUGCUGAUCUCGAAGAUACGCGAAGAGUAUCCCGACAGGAUAAUGAACACAUAUUCGGUGAUGCCUAGUCCCAAGGUGUCAGACACUGUCGUAGAACCUUACAAUGCCACUCUGUCGGUACACCAACUGGUCGAGAACACUGAUGAGACUUACUGCAUCGAUAACGAAGCACUGUACGACAUUUGCUUCAGGACUUUAAAGGUGCCGAAUCCGAGUUACAGCGACCUGAACCAUCUCGUAUCACUGACGAUGUCUGGAGUCACGACGUGUUUGAGAUUUCCCGGUCAGCUGAAUGCCGAUUUGAGGAAACUGGCGGUUAAUAUGGUACCCUUCCCGCGUCUUCACUUCUUCAUGCCCGGUUUCGCACCUCUCACGUCCAGAGGGAGCCAGCAAUACAGAGCUCUGACAGUACCUGAACUCACUCAACAAAUGUUCGAUGCCAAGAACAUGAUGGCGGCGUGCGAUCCCAGACACGGACGCUACCUUACCGUCGCCGCCGUGUUUAGAGGAAGGAUGUCAAUGAAAGAAGUGGACGAACAAAUGUUGGCCGUGCAAAAUAAAAACAGCAGUUACUUCGUCGAGUGGAUCCCCAACAACGUCAAGACUGCUGUCUGCGACAUCCCGCCUGUCGGUCUGAAGAUGUCUUCAACGUUUAUAGGCAAUACGACUGCUAUCCAAGAGCUGUUCAAGAGAAUAUCUGAGCAGUUUGCCGCCAUGUUUAGGCGCAAGGCGUUCUUGCAUUGGUACACCGGCGAAGGCAUGGACGAACUGGAGUUCACGGAGGCCGAAUCCAACAUGAACGACUUGGUGUCGGAAUACCAGCAGUAUCAAGAAGCGACUGCCGACGACGACUACGAAGCGGAAGAAGAACCCGCUGGGGAUGACUUCAAUUGCCAAUAAACUGUCUGAAAAGUCUGAGCGACGAUGUAAAAUCAAACCAAGUGCCUCCAGCGAUUGAUUUGCACCUGCAGAAUUUUUCUACUGUUAAUUAUACGAGGCGAUUCAUUAAUACAAGCAAAAAAGUUUACAUGAUAGUGUGAUUUAAUCAAUUUAAAAGAUAUUUAGGAAAUUCUCUGGGUAACCAAGCGUUUUUUACGAAUUAUGCGUCACACACACAAUAAAAUCAUAUUAUUGAAUCGCCUGGUAUUACGUUUUAAAUUUUUCUACUGCCUCGUUUCAUAUAUGUUAACGCAAACUGAGUUUCAUUUUAAAGUAAAAUAAGAGUGUCGCGAACUAGUCCCCCGUUUCACGCGUUUAUCAAAUUACGUAUUUUAUUUAUUUAUAUAUUCGCAUUCUGAAUCGGCGUUAUUUGAAUGAUGUAUAGGCGGUAAGAUUUUUAUAAUUUUUUACAAUAAAGUUUUCGAGAUA